CGAAGCAGCCGAUACCGUGCUGUACUGUUUAGCAAUGGGGUAGGGGUGUUUGACAGAGAAAGGAUGGACUUGGAGUGACGAGUCUCGUGGUGGGCGAAGACGCGUAUAAAGCGUGUUGGGCCUCGAACGCAGCCCCGCAGCGCAGCCCCGCAUCCCCAGACUACCCCCAUAGCACCCCGCAAUGUCCUCCGUAGUCGAAGCAGGCGCGCUAUCUGGUCUGUCGGCAGACCCGAAGGUGCCCGCGAAGGGCGCCAUCGACCCCGAGAUUGAGAAGCUUGCUGUGAACACAGUACGCGUCCUCGGCGCAGACCUGACACAGGCGUUCAAGGGUGGCCACCCCGGUACCGUCAUGGGCGCCGCCGCCAUCGGAGUCGCCCUCUGGCGGUAUCAAAUGCGCUACAACCCAAAGAACCCCGACUGGUUCAACCGUGACCGCUUUGUCCUCAGCGCCGGACACGCUUGUCUUUGGCAGUACAUCCACCUUCACCUCGCCGGGUACGAUGCCUGGACAAUUGACGCGCUCAAGCAAUACCACAACCCUGACUUCGGUAUCGCCGCCGGUCACCCCGAGAUUGAGUUCCCCGGUAUCGAGCUCACGACGGGUCUGCUCGGUCAGGGCGUCGCCAACGCCCUCGGCCUCGCCAUCGCCUCCAAAAACCUCGCCGCCACAUACAACAAGCCCUCGUACCCCGUCGUCGACAACAAGAUCUGGUGCUUCGUCGGCGACGGCUGCCUCCAGGAGGGCGUCGGGCAGGAGGCACUUUCUCUCGCCGGCCACCUCCGCCUUGACAACCUUAUCGUCAUCUACGACGACAACUCGGUGACCGUCGACGGCAGCAUCGCGACAUGCUUCACGGACGACACGUCCGCGAAGGUGAAGGCGAUGGGUUUCAACGUGCUCGAGGUGUACGACGGAACGAAUGACCUGACGGCGAUCAUCAAGGCGAUGGACGAGGCGAAGGCGACGCGGGGCAAGCCGAGCUUCAUUCAUAUCCGCACUAUCAUUGGCUUUGGGAGCCGCAAGCAGAAUACGGGCGCGGCGCACGGUGCAGCGCUCGGCGAAGAUGAGGUGUCGUACGUGAAGCAGCUCUUUGGCUUUGACCCGGCGAAGCGCUUCGUCAUUCCCGACGAGGUGUACGACUACUUCCGCCCCGUCAUCCAGCGCGGCGCCGAUGACGAGGCCGCCUGGAACGCCAUGUUCGCGCAGUAUGCCAAAGCGCACCCCGCCGAGCACGCUGAGCUCACCCAGCGCCUGACCGGCACACUCCCCGACGGUUGGAAGAACGACCUCCCACCAAAGAGCGCUCUGCCCACCUCCGCGCAGGCGACGCGCAAGUCCUCUGGGAUCGCUGUGCAGGCGUUGGUCCCGAAGUACAAGCACUUCAUUGCGGGGUCCGCCGACCUGAUGGAAUCGACGUUCGUAAACUUCAAGGGGCAGGUCGAGUUCCAAAGCCCCGACACUGGAUUUGGUGACUACUCUGGACGGCAGCUUCGCUACGGCAUCCGUGAGUUCGCGAUGGUCGGGGCUGCAAAUGGGAUGAACGCGUACCAGAACGGGAUGAUUAUCCCGAUCUGCUCGUCGUACUUGGCCUUCUGGCAGUACGCCAUGUCUGCAUGCCGCUUGGGCGCGCUCAUGGGCGUCCGCUUCAUCGGCCUUGGCACCCACGACUCCAUCGGUGUCGGCGAGGACGGCCCCACGCACCAAUCCGUCGCCCUCGCCGCCUUCUUCCGCGCUCUCCCCAACUUCAACCUCAUCCGUCCCGCGGACGCCGAAGAGGUCCUCGGGGCCUGGGAGGUCGCCCUCGACGCGAAGCACACGCCCACUCUCAUGACCCUCUCGCGCCAGGGCGUGCCCCUCCUCGAGCACUCCGACCGCGCCAAGGUGCACAAGGGCGCGUACCCCAUCUUCGCCAACUACGACGAGAGCAGCGCGGACCCCGAGCUCGUCCUCAUCGCCACCGGGUCCGAGGUCUGGCGCGCGGUCGAAGCGGCGAAGAAGCUCGCGCCGCUGCGCACGCGCGUCGUGAGCAUGCCCAUCCAGUCGGUGUUCGACCGGCAGCCCGCGGAGUACCGGCGCGCGACGCUGGCGACCGGGAAGGCGCUGGUGGUGGCGAUUGAGCCGUGGGCGUCGUAUGGUUGGGCGCGCUACGCGCACGCGUCGAUGAGCAUGCAUACGUUCGGGUUGAGCGCACCGCAGGAGACGCUGUACGAGCUCUUCGGGUACGGCAUCGACACCAUCGUGGAUAAAGUGUCGAAGUUCGUCGAGAGCAAGAGGGUGGAUGGGGAGAUCGUGUUGCCGGGGGUUGGAGAGUUUGAGGAGCUCUUGUUGGGGUACGCGAAGAAGCAUGCUGGGCCUGAGCUGGGAUUGCAUUGAGAUUCGAAACGAAUGUAGCAUUAUAACUUAGCGUACGCGUAUGCAUCUUGUAUUCUUAACAUACUUUUCAUAUCGAGGAGCCUUGUCGAGCCAAGGAUCAAUUGAGUACAUCGUAUCUUCGUCGGCUGACUCUUCCAAGUCCUGAGUUCGUGAGC